AUGCCACCUCCCAGCUCGGCUGCCGCAUCGCCGUCUCUACCAAACAUGAGCGCCGACCAAGGCUCUGCCUCCCCGGCCGCCUCUGGUGUCCGCAAGCGAGGGAAGAGGGGCAAGUAUUCGAGAUGGAAGAACGAGGAAGAGAGGCUCUUCCGGCUCAGGACUCAAUACCCUACUAUGACAUGGAAGGAGUUUCAUCGGCGAUUCUACAGUCAUUACACACCCAGCCCGGGAGUGAUAUCAUCAAAAUACAAUACGGUGUUUCCUCCAAGGGAUUAUACUCCUACUCCCAGCGGGAAUUCCAUCUAUAGCGACGAUGAUGCUGCUACGCACAUUUCCUUUGAAGCGGGCAGCCCCAGCGGCCACAGAUUAGACUAUUUUGACAGACACUCAGCCAGUGAAUUAAGGCUACGAGACCAGAACCAGGCGUCUCUGCCACUAAGGAAUCAUAGCACGCCGAGGUCUGAGGACAGCGAUAGCGACUUUUCCGACUCAGGCCACAGGAACGGCGACAGGUCGAGUAGUAAUAGACAGCCCCGAAAACCUCGGGGUGGCGGAGCAUUUGCUAGCGUCAACGGCGGGUCGGGGUCAUCCCAUGCAGAGAGAUUGCAGGCCGAGAAGAAGCUAAGAGACGUGGAAGAGACCGCCAGAGAGGUCAGGGCCGCCUGGGAAGAGGUCCGGGAAGCAAUCCGCGACGUCAUGUUUGUCGAGCAAUGGGACAGAGGCGGAAUGGGGCCCAAAACGUCCUCGCUGGAGACCUCCAUCGACCGGCUCAUCGAGAAAUCAGCGACCAGCAAGCCUGCGUCUUCGACACAUUCUUAA